UCGAGUAACAAUGAAGCUAUUGGCUGUGAUCGCUUUGGUGUUUUGCGCUUUGAGCGCCAAACCUCUAGAGACGGAGGGAGCCAAGAUCUUGGCCACUUUUCCAUUUCCGGGUCGCUCUCAGUACAUCUUUCUGGAGACUUACUUGAAGGCCUUGGCCGACAAGGGCCACCAGGUGACAGUGAUCAAUGCGUUCAAGAACAAGGCAUAUCCGAACAUGAGGUUCAUAGAAGCUAGGAAGGUUCACGAAUUCUCUGACGAAAUGUUAUCCAUGCUGAAUGUACCCUUCCUUUGGCAACAACUUAAUGCAUUUGAUUACUUUUUGGCGAAAUUUAUUAAGAUAACAAUAGAAGAUGAGGGUGUCAAGAAGCUGCUGAACUCUGGAGAAACCUUUGAUUUGGUGCUGGCUGAGAUGACUCAAAUGGAACCAUUAUAUGCAUUUGCCCAGCAUUUUAAUGCCACCCUUGCUGGAUUCUCCAGCUAUGGAACAGAUAGUCGCGUUGACCAGGCUGUCGGCAACAUAUCUCCAUUGUCGUACAAUCCACAGAUCACCUCCUCUCGCACCAAUCGGAUGACCUUCACGGAACGAUUGUCCAAUGUCUACGAAUACCUGAUAGAGGAAUUACAUCGACAUUUGGUGCAUCUGCCAAAUAUGGAGAAAAUGUUCCAAAAACAUUUCCCGAACUCGAAGAAAACCAUGAGCGAAGUAAUGGACAGCUUUUCGUUCGUGCUGUUGGGUCAACACUUUUCUCUGAGCCAUCCGCGACCCUAUUUGCCCAACAUGAUCGAGGUCGGAGGCCUGCACAUCUCUCAUAAGCCGAAGCCCCUUCCCGAGGACAUAAAGCAGUUUAUUGAGGGCUCCCCCGAUGGGGUCAUCUACUUCUCCAUGGGAUCCAAUAUAAAGAGCAAAGAUCUUCCCCAGGAAACUCGGGACACUCUACUGAAAACCUUUGCAAAAUUAAAGCAGCGAGUGAUGUGGAAAUUCGAAGAUGAUGAAAUGCCGGGAAAGCCUCCGAAUGUGCUCAUCAAGAAGUGGUUUCCUCAGCCGGAUAUCCUCGCUCAUUCUAAUGUAAAAAUGUUCAUUACCCAUGGAGGGCUGCUGAGCACCACAGAGAGUAUGUAUUUUGGCAAACCCGUUCUGGGAUUGCCAUGCUUCUAUGAUCAGCAUAUGAAUGUGCAUCGUGCCCAAAGAAUUGGAUUCGGAUUGGGACUGGAUUUGUAUAACCUAAAGCAGGAGGAUUUGGAAAAAGCAAUCAAAACAUUGCUCACAGAUCCAAGCUACGCCCAAGCAGCGGCUACCAUUUCGGAACUGUAUAGGGAUCAACCGGAACCAGCUCUGGAUCGUGCCAUUUGGUGGACGGAGUAUGUUCUCCGGCACAAGGGUGCUCCUCAUUUGAGGGCAACAUCCCGAGACCUUAACUUCAUCCAACUCCACAGCUUGGACACCUUGGCUGUGCUUUUCGGUGUGCCUCUGCUGGUUGCAUUCGUCCUCCUGAAGUUAUCUUGUAAAUUACUACGAGGCAAGAGCCAGAAGUGCCCUCAUGCUAAAAAGCUCAAGAAGCAAUAGAGCCUUUGUCCAUAUAUUUGUAAAUAUGUUUUUGUCGUUUUUAAUUUCAAGUGCCUAGUGUCUAAUAAAUCUUAUCAUUUACGAAUGUUGAAA